AUGGACAUACUCUACCAUAGGGUGACUCAAAUGGAGAGAAAGAACUCAUCAAAUGAUGAGAAUGGUUCCAAUGGUUCCAAUGAAUCCGCAAAUAUUGUCAUAUAUUCAGACAUAUUGUAUCUGGUGGCUAUAUUUAUCGUGGUGGCCGUGAGUCCGGUGUUGGACCACUUGACCACAACUCUCAAUGGUUUGGUUACUAUCCGUGCGCUCAGAGCUCAACAGUAUUGCCUCCAAGAGUUUUAUGACUUACAAGACAAUCAUACGUCCAGUUUCUUCAUGAAUUUGUGCGCCAAUAGGGCUUUCGCUAUCAGUGGGGGAACGGCUGGUCUCAUACUCUACCUAACCAUUGGUCUGUCAAUGAAUAUACAGAUGACUAUCAGAAAUACCGCAGAUUUGGAGAAUCAGAUGACAUCAGUUGAACGGAUCCUCGAAUACAGUGAACUCGAGUCGGAAGAGUCCCCUAAAGAGGCGGACAGUCGUCUCAAUGUAUCCCCCGAUUGGCCACUCGAGGGAAGCAUUCAUUUCCAAGAC